AUGAACUCCAGCGGCGGCAUGGGCGGCGGCACUCUCGAAAAGAACAAGACGCUGACAUACAUGAACGGACUCAGCCUCAUCGUCGGCCUCAUUAUCGGAUCCGGUAUCUUCAGCAGUCCCAGCCAGGUCAGCGCCAGAGUGGGCUCACCUGGCGCGGCGCUGGUCGUGUGGGUGAUUGCCGGUGUGCUGGCGUGGACGGGCGCGGCGAGCUACGCGGAGCUCGGUGGUGCUAUUCCGUUGAACGGAGGGUCGCAGGUGUAUCUCGCGAAGAUCAUGGGCGAGAUUGCAGGUUUCCUGUUCACGUGGUGCGCGGUGCUCGUCUUGAAGCCAGGGAGCGCUGCCAUCAUAUCCAUCAUCAUGGGAGAGUACCUCGUGCGAGCGGUCAUGGGUGCGGAUGCGGCCGACAUCAACCCUUGGGUAAACAAGUCGGUGGCGUUUGUCGCGGUGCUGACCGUCACAUUUCUCAACUGCGUCUCGACCAAGUUAGGGACCAAGGUGAACGACUGGCUCAUGUUUCUCAAGUUCGUCGCGUUGCUGGGCGUGACGGUCAUUGGCAUUGUCGUGGCCAUCACGGGCUUCACCUUCAAGGGCGAAGCGAGCAUGGACUGGAAGUCGGGCAACUGGUUUGCGGACACUUCAUCGGACCUGUCCAUGUGGGCCCUUGCGCUCUAUGCGGGUCUGUGGGCGUAUGACGGCUGGGACAACACCAACUACGUCGUCGGCGAGUUUCGCAACCCGUCUCGUGACCUGCCUCGCGUCAUCCACACGGCGAUGCCUCUUGUCAUUCUGUCAUACGUUCUCGCCAAUGUCGCAUACUUUCUCGUCCUGCCCAUGGCGACCAUCAACGCCUCCAACACGAUUGCCGUCAUGUUCGGCGCCCAAGUGUUCGGCCCCGUCGGCUCGCUGGUUCUUGCCCUCAUUGUGUCGGCAUCCUGUUUCGGCGCUCUCAACUCUUCGACCUUUACCUCCUCUCGUCUCGUCUACGCCGCCGGAAAGGAAGGGUACAUUCCCUCCAUCUUUGGCCGUCUCGGCCUGCGAUCCGGGCCCGACCACUCGACGACUCAGACGACACAUCUCUCGAUGCAACGUUCUCGCGGCCGCGCCGCCUCGAUUGCGCGCCGUCUCUUUGCGGACCCAGAAGUUGGCCUCUUCUACACGCCCAUCCCGGCGCUGAUGCUCAAUGCCGCGCUGACAACGGCGUACAUCCUGGUUGGCGAGUUUGGCACGCUCAUCACGUUCUACGGCGUUGCCGGCUACACGUUCUACUUCCUCACGGUCUUGGGCCUCAUCAUCCUGCGCGUGCGCGAGCCGACACUUGAGCGGCCCUACCGCACGUGGAUCACGACGCCCAUCAUCUUCUGCUGCGUGUCGCUGUUCCUCCUGUCGAGGGCCGUUUUUGCGCAGCCACUUCAGACACUGACUGUGAUUCUCUUUGUGCUCGCCGGCGUGCCAGUAUACUUCUGGCGCAUCCGCGGGCGCGACCAGGUCGCCAAGCGCGAGAGAGCCGGAGGCUACGGCGACUUGGGCGGAAGCGAGAGACGGCCCUGGUGGCGGUUCUGGUGA